AUUUAAUGACUCCCUGAUCCUGCAGGUUCCAGCAUGGUGCCAAAGGCAGAGGCUCUUCGACCGACUCCCAGAAAGCUCGACGCCAUCGCCGAUGAUAUCUGCGGGAGGACGGGUGACUGCGGCGAUGCUGUCACCGUGGUCACUUCUACCGUCAGCAACACCGCAAAGGCCACGGGUGACGCCAUCGCCGAUGGUAUCUGCGGAAGGACAGGCGACUGUGGCGAUGCUGUCACCGUGGUCACUUCUACCGUCAGCAACACCGCAAAGGCCACAGGUAACGCCAUUGCCGAUGGAAUCUGCGGAAGGACAGGGGACUGUGGCGAUGCUGUCACCACGGUCACUUCUACCGUCAGCAACACUGCAAAGGCCACCGGUGACGUUGUUGCCGAUGGUAUCUGUGGAAGGACAGGUGACUGCGGCGAUGCCGUCACCGUGGUCAGUUCUACCGUCAGCAACACCGCACAGACCGUGGGUGACGCUAUUGCCGCUGGUAUCUGCGGAAGGACAGGUGACUGCUAA